AUGUUCCCGAUCGUACUACUAAGUAUCCUGGUAGCACAGGCGUACGGAGCCAGAAUAUUGGCGGUCGUACCAACUCCGUCAUUAAGCCACCAAGUCGUAUUUAGACCUCUCACGCAAGAACUCGCAAGACGCGGUCACGAGGUCGUCAUAAUAACACCAGAUCCGGUAUUCACCAAUAACAAUGCUCCAGCUAAUUUAACGGAAAUCGACGUGCGGGAAGUAUCCUACGAAGCAUGGAGAAAGCAUUUCCUCACCAACAAAGCGAUUGGGAAAAAAGGGGACUUGGUUCACACUGUUGAUCUGUUUCUUCAGCAAUUCGGCAAGGUAUUAGAAAUGCAGUUGCAAACUGAUGAUGUUAAGAGAAUAAUACGUGGUGAAAGAGGGAAUUUCGAUCUGUUAAUUUUAGAAGCCGCAGUGCGCCCUGCUCUGGUGUUUUCGCAUAUCUUCAAAGUGCCCGUGAUCCAAAUGAGUUCGUUUGGUGCUAUGCUUAACAGCAACAGUAUCGUUGGUGCGCCUUCACACCCCUUUUUGUACCCAUGGAUAUUGAAUCAGAGGUUGUAUAAUUUAACAAUGUGGGAUAAAAUCCAGGAGCUCGUGAACCGUUUAACGAUAGAAAGUUUUUACGCUGCAUACGAACCUCUUGAAGAAGAGAUGUUAAGAAGAGUCGUUGAUCCAGAUAUGCCAUCAUUACAUGAAUUGAGUAAUAAUGUGGAUUUAAUAUUUUAUAAUAGCUAUCCAAUUUGGUCAGACCAACAGCCAGUGCCACCUAAUGUUGUCUAUGUGGGGGGAAUACACAAGAAUCCCAUAAAGGAAUUACCUCAGGAUUUAAAAUCGUAUCUCGAUUCAUCAAAAAAUGGCGUCAUCUACAUAAGCUUCGGGAAUAAUAUCAAGCCCUCGCUCCUGCCCAUUGAAAAGGUCCAGAUGUUGACUAGAAUAUUCUCUGAACUACCUCAGAAUGUACUGUGGAGAUGGGACGUGGAUGUAGCCAAUAAGUCUGCAAAUGUGAAAAUAACGCAAUGGGUGCCGCAAUCGGACUUGCUGAGACAUCCCAACAUAAAGCUAUUCAUAAUGCAAGGGGGGCUUCAAUCAACAGAAGAAGCUAUUGACGCUGGAGUACCUCUCAUCGGUAUACCAAUGCUGGCUGACCAAUGGUACAAUGUUGAGAAAUACACAUAUUUUGGUAUAGGGAAGAGACUUGACAUGGAAAGCUCUACUGAAGAUGAAUUCAGAGAGGCUCUUAAAACCGUUCUAGAAGAUAAAAGCUAUCGAGAAAAUGUGAUAAAGCUUCGUAAACUAUUGAAAGACCAGCCUCAGAACGGGCUGGAGCGCGCCGUGUGGUGGACGGAGUACGUGCUGCGGCACGGAGGGGCGAAGCACCUGCGGUCCCCCGCCGCCAACAUGCCCUGGACUGAGUACUAUGAGAUUAAAUUAUUGUUAACGUUCCUCGCUGUCUUGUUAAUCGCUGGAAGCAUAUUGUGUUCAGCGUUAUUCUAUGUAUUUAGAAUAUUGAGCCGAAUUAGUGUUAAGGUAAAAUCGGCUUAAUUGUAAAGGCCCGAAAAGUUAUUUUAUGUUAUAUUUUGUAAUUUAUCUAAUAUGUAUGUAUAAAUUUGUAAAAAGACUACCCAUACUUUCCUAUAUUCCUCUCGUCAAUAGUUUCUUAAUCCGUUUCCAGUUUGAAGUCGGCAAUCCAUUUGUAGAGGC